AUGUUGAAAUUUCUACUCAUCGUCUGGUUUAGUAUCAGCGUGGCUGAGGACUUCAAAGUCCCAAAACCGACCACAACUCAGGCUAAAUGGCUAGAUUACGAAGUUGGAGCUAUAGUUCACUUCAACAUGCAGACAUUUGAUCGAUAUAUGAAACCAGGUAGGCACUUUGCCGGGUUUUUCUUUGAAAUAACAUAAAUUUGUUCCUAGUGCUAGAUAAAUUCAAAAGACAGGAUGGUCUGAUCUGGAUGUAACUCUGCUAAAAUAAGGCGAAAUUAAAUGCAGUAAAUUCUGUGCCAUAUCGCUUCUCUCAAGGGGGUGUAGUCGUUUGGAAAGCAAAUUUUGGCGUUUCGAGGCCUUACUGACUAGACUUAGCCUCGUACAAUGGGAUGGAACUGACCAAGGUAAUUCAAGCGUGCUUCAAAGAAAAAAAAACAAGUAUAAACACAGGAUAAUUAAAAAAGCCUGCUACGGAAGAGACUUUAAUUGGCUUCGUCCUCCGCCGUUUAAAGAAGCGCCUGAGGCAAAUCAUUGAACGUAUUCAGGGUAGGCUGUGGAACUAAAUUAUAAUAAAGAUUCGCAAUUCAAGGCCACAGAAGUACAGUCGUGACCUGCUGGUGAAGAUAACCUUCAUCACUGGGCUAUAUUUUAUGUCCUCUCAAUCCAGCAAUCCCAGGGGUUUUUUGAGUCAAUACAGACCCCGAAAAUACGUUUUAAAUUGCCCCUUACAGAGGGUAAAGUUUGUUGAUUCUCUUCUUCUACAGCCUACGAGUACUUUUCGUCGUCCUAUUCUUCCCGCCAAAAUUUCCCAAAAAUCACUGAGUGAGCCUGGUCGCAAGCUACUUCAUCUUUAUAGAAUCAACAAAGUAUGUUCGGUAAAGACACGUGAUACACACUGCAUGAAAAAUUGGAUUUACACCAAAUUUACUCAGUGCAAAUUUGGUGCCAAAAAGUGCAAACUAAGGUUAAAUAAAGGGCAAAGAUGGUAAAUACCCCAUUUGCCCUAAAAUUUACACCCCCAUGUAAACUGGCAAGCAAAUGCCGUAUUUACCAUCUUUGCUUUUAAUUUCCCCCUAGAUUGCAUUUUUUUGUACCAUAUUUACACCGAGUAAAUUGUGUAAAUCCAAUUUUUCGUGCAGUGACAGUACAAUUGCAAAUAAUCGCUUGGCAAAAUAAGUACGCAUUCGACAUCUCCCCUCCAAAAAAAAGCCUGUCUCACGAAGGAACCUGAAGAUCCGACUCGGUAGAGAGACAGAAAUUAAGCCUAAUCGCACAACGGCCGCCGUUUUUUUAUCUUUGAGCCGUAUAACAUGUCACAGCUCUCAUAAGUUUGUAUGCGGACGUCUUGGAACGUGUUGGUGUACAAGACAUCAAAAAAGUUAAGCGGUGAAUUAUGGUCAAACAUUUUGCGCUAAGAAUCAUGCGGAGAGUAUCAUGACAGUUUGAUUUACUCAAAAUGCACAACCAUAGUCUAAUAAUAUGAAGAAAAGUAAUUCUGGGUUAAAUUAGGACGUUGAGCUUUGAGAUUUUUUCGCGGAGGAAACCGAAAUUCCUAUCUGAAUAGAAUUUCGCCUUCGUCCCACGAAUAUCACCCAUGUAUACGAAAUUUGCGUCGUCGCUCUAUCCGGUCCUAUCUCAUUAUGUUUUACCACUCCGGUCUAACACGAAUUUUUCUUUUUGUCCGUGCAGCCGGCGUUGUCUUUGUGUGAAAUAGCGAACAAUAGUCAAACUUACGGUCAGCGGUCAGCAUCUGCCAUGAGUGAGUCCAAUGAAGUUCCUAACCUUUUCACACGUCAUGUUACUAUGAUAUAUAUUUCGACUUAGACUCGCAAUGGCCAUCCUAGUGUAACCUGCUCCGGGCAACUGAUUCAAAAAACGACGAGCGGAGGCUGCAAAGACAAAAGGGGAGGUGCCACCUCCCACUUCCUUAGAUAACGCGCAUCUUUACGUCUUAUUUUCGCUUAACUUCUGAACGGUUCCUACCAUGAUUUAAGAGGCUGGCACAGACUAACUAACCUGUCGAAAAUCUCGUGAAUCACAUUAAAUAUUUAGACCUAAAACGUAGCAAUUUUAAUCUUGCAUUAGGAAAAGUGGUAGCUGCAGAUGUAUUCAACCCAUGUGAACUCUCGACCGACCAGUGGGUGAAAGCAGCAAAGAGUUUUGGUGCCAAAUACAUUAUUUUUACCAUCGAUCACUUUAGCGGCUUCCUCAUGUGGCCUAGCAAAACUGAUUACAAGUACUCUGUCAAAUACACAAAGUGGAGAGAAGGCAAGGGGGAUGUUCUGUUAGACUUUAUCAAGUCAAGUAAAAAAUACGGGUUGGAACAUGGCGUGUUUUACAGUGUGCACAACAACUGGUACAUGGGAGUAGACAACUAUACCACAGGAAGCCCAGCCAGCCAGGAGCGCUAUCAAAAAAUUGUAGAGGAACAAAUGCAUGAGCUGUUUCGCGCGCAGUCUCUGUACAAAGACCCUUUUUACAUCUGGUUUGAUGCCGGUAUUGUUCCUGGUGUGAGCCCCAAUGUUGGCCCAAUAAUACGCGAUUUAGCAAAAAACUCCUUGUGUGACGAAUGUCCAACGUUUGCCGGUGAUCAAGGUUUGAGAUGGGUUGGGAACGAAAAUGCUAUGGCUCCUCUACCACACUGGUAUGCUGUACCCAAAGGAAAAUGCUCCAUGAAGACAAAUGAUGGUGAGUAGAAUUAAUAAUGGUAUGGUAUAGGCCUAUAUAGGCCUCGCGUGAGUUGGUGGUUUUGGAAAUUUCUGAUCCAAGGAUUACUAGGGUUUGGAGGCAUACUUUGUAUAACAUUUCAUUUCUUCAGUUCCUUUAGCUAAGGAUAACUAAUGAUUUCUAAAUCUAAAUCUAAAUCUUAGUUUUGGGAAUGCAAUUCGCCGUUUUACAGCGAAUACAACCGUCUAGCCAGCUAUAAGGAACCUCUAGCGGCGAGGAGGAGGAGAAACGGCUGUAUUCAGGGCAUUUGCAGAAUAUACCGUUUGUCCCUCUUUUAAUGCAACUCCGAGAAAUAAACUCGGGCCCCUUUGGUUACUCACAACAAAUUCCCUCUAAUAUUUUCCGUGAUCGUGCUGGAGUGAGGAGAAUCCUGUGUUCUGAUUGGGCUCCCCGCGUUGGUCCCGCAAGAAAAAGCACCCCUCGAUAAUAAAUCCUUUACUGACCAAGCUUGUUUGGUCAAGGUGGCUGGAUAUUGGUCUUGUCCUUUUUUUAUUGCGUUUUUAUAGACCUUGUCUUCGUCUCAGUCCAAAAACGCGCAAAAAAGAACUUGGCCAAUAUUUAGCUAUCUUUACCUCAUGCUUGAUCAAUAACGCAGUAAUAUAAUCAUUCUACAACCGAUAUCGAGGUCUCGGAGGUAGAGUUAUCAAGGCCUCAAAUUAGCGAGUUAGCCUGCGAGCAAGCUCUCAGGGAAAGGGGGCUCUGGUGAAGGAAGACGGGAGCUUGCUCGCAGGCUAAAGACAAUUGCAAGUAGGCCAUAUUCUAAACUCAGUGUGUAUCACUUUAAAUUUAAUUAAUAUGAACCUAUAGGAUGAUUAACUAGGUCGCAUUAAAUGAAAGAAAGAAGUGCGUGUUAUUCGGUCUUGUCCGAAUAAUUUCUUUUUUUGUUGUUUAUUGAUGUUCAGUUUUCAGGUCAAAUCAUUUAACAAACUUAUUUCAACUAACUUAUUUUCUCUUCACAGCCCAAGUGAUACAAGGCAAUCCAUCGGGGGAACUUUUUUGUCCAGCUAACUGCGAUACAGUGAUACGUGAACAUUUUUGGUUUUGGGAGCCUGAUACCGAAUACUCUGUAAAAAGCGUCUGUAGACUUGUACAGGAAUACCUGACAAGCGUUGGACAUGGUUGUACACUGCUUCUCAAUAUCAAUCCCGAUACCCGCGGGAAAGUACCCGAGAAAGACGUCUCCACGUAUGCAGAGCUUGGGAGAGCGAUUGAACUGUUGUAUAAAGAGCCAGUUGCGAAAUAUUUCAGUCAGAAACUCCAUGUAGAGAAGGAGAAAAAAUGGGAGUUUAAGACGUUCGUAAGCCUUAAUGGAUCUAUCGUAAUAAUGGAAGACAUUGCAAAACUCGGUCAGUUAGUCAUGAGCUACGAACUCAAGGUUAAAACUGGUGAUUGCUGGAUUUCAAUUGAUGAAGAGGGCAGUACUAUUGGUCAUAAGAGAAUUCAUCCUUUUCCAAGAGCACUAGCAGAGAAAAAAAUAUCAGGAAUCAGUUUAAGAAUAAAGAAGCUUGUAACAGAACAAAGAGAUAUAACUUUAAGAGAGGUUUCUGUAUACAAAUGGGACGAAGCUGCAAAACAAAAUCUAAUUUAA